AUGCCUAAAGCUGCCAAAAAGCAGUUCGCCACCAAGCCAGCUCCUGCCGGUGACCAGAUGAACAAAGUGUUCAAAUUUAAUACAGAUCUUGGUCAGCAUAUACUUAAAAAUCCGCUCAUAGCCCAAGGUAUUGUUGACAAAGCAGAAAUUAGACCCUCCGAUGUGGUGCUAGAAAUUGGUCCAGGUACCGGUAACUUAACCGUCAGAAUUCUAGAAAAGGCCCGGAAAGUUAUCGCAUCUGAAGUGGACCCAAAGAUGGCUGCUGAGCUUACAAAGAGAGUCCAGGGUACUCCGUAUGAGAAGAAGCUUGAGAUUAUCAUGGGCGAUUUCAUGAAACUUGAGACCUUGCCGUACUUUGAUGUGUGCAUUUCGAAUACGCCCUACCAAAUCUCGUCUGGUAUUGUAUUCAAGCUUUUGAGUAUGCCUAGACCGCCAAGAAUCGCCGUCCUCAUGUUCCAACGAGAGUUUGCAAUGAAUCUAACAGCACGCCCCGGCGAUGCCCUAUACAACCGUCUGAGUGCCAACGCCCAGAUGUGGGCUAACGUCAAGCAUGUGAUGAAAGUGGGAAAGAACAAUUUCCGGCCUCCACCUAAGGUUGAAUCAUCUGUGGUGAAAGUGGAACCGAAAAUACCUCGUCCUAAUCUUGACUACAACGAGUGGGAUGGACUCCUGAGGUUCUGUUUUAACAGAAAAAACAAGACUCUCAACGCUACCUUUAGGAACAACAAGAUCCUGGAAAUUCUGGAAAACAACUACAAGACGUUCCUUUCCAUUUUGAGCGAGCAAAGGGGCGAGAUGAUGGUGGAUGCUAAAACAGAUUUUUCCGCUGUCGUCAAGGAAAAUGUCACGAAAGUGCUGGCAGAGACUGGUUUUGGUGAGCGUAGACCGGCCAAGAUGGACCAGACCGACUUUCUAAAGCUCCUAUACGCUUUCCAUCAAGUUGGAAUCCACUUUGCAUAG